AGGUCUGUGUGGUACAGGUCAUACAGGUGAGGUCUGUGUUGUACAGGUGAGGUAUGUGUGGUACAGUUGAGGUCUGUGUGGUACAGUUGAGGUCUCUUUGGUACAGGUGAGGUCUGUGUGGUACAGAUGAGGUCUUUGUGGUACAGGUCAUACAGGUGAGGUCUGUGUGGUACAGAUGAGGUCUGUGUGGUACAGGUCAUACAGGUGAGGUAUGUGUGGUACAGGUGAAGUUUCUUUGGUACAGGUGAGGUCUGUGUGGUACAGGGGAGGUCUGUGUGGUACAGGUGAGGUCUGUGUGGUACAGGUGAGGUCUCUUUGGUACAGGUGAGGUCUGUGUGGUACAGUUGAGGUCUCUUUGGUACAGGUGAGGUCUGUGUGGUACAGAUGAGGUCUUUGUGGUACAGGUCAUACAGGUGAGGUCUGUGUGGUACAGAUGAGGUCUGUGUGGUACAGGUCAUACAGGUGAGGUAUGUGUGGUACAGGUGAAGUUUCUUUGGUACAGGUGAGGUCUGUGUGGUACAGGGGAGGUCUGUGUGGUGGGAGGUCUCUUUGGUACAGGGGAGGUCUGUGUGGUGCAGGUGAGGUCUCUUUGGUACAGGGGAGGUCUGUGUGGUACAGGGGAGGUCUGUGUGGUACAGAUGAGGUCUGUGUGGUACAGAUGAGUACAGAUGAGGUCUGUGUGGUACAGAUGAGGUCUGUGUGGUACAGGUUAGGUCUGUGUGGUAGAGGUGAGGUCUGUGUGGUACAGGGGAGGUCUGUGCGGUACAGGUGUGGUGCAGGUGAUGUCUGUGUGGUACAGGUGAUGUCUGUGUGGUACAGGCGAGGUCUGUGUGGUACAGGUGAUACAGAAAGGUUUGAGAUGUAUGUACAGUUGCUUCUCGAGGUCGCCCCAAGCACGCAAGCAGAGAGCUUCUGA